AAUCCUCCAUUCCACUUUCGUCGAAAACGACCAUUCCUUUAUCCAUUUAAUUCGUUCAUUCCAAAGCCAAACAAGAACGAGAAACAAGGUGUCGUGUCUGUGUUUUUUUCAACAUCAACAAUAAAACAAAUUAAUAAUAGUAUAAUAAUAAAAAUUGUGAUUUCGAAUUAAAAUAGCAACUUGUGUGCUGUGAGUAAUAACUUGAGCUUAUUGGAUUAUUUGCCGAGGCAGUGAAGGUCCUUGCAGCGGCGUCUCUCGCGGACUUUCGUGAAAGUGUGUAAAACGCUUGGAUAUAUUUGCAGCACUUUUUUUAUCAGACACUUUCUCUGCAAAGAAAAACAAACGCAUUUCAUUUUGACUACAACUUUUGACCAGAGAAGAACUUCUGCUGUUCACAAUGGCCUGGCGUUUCAAAGCUUCGAAAUAUAAGAAUGCAGCACCUAUUGUACCCAAGCCGGAAGCAUGUAUACGUGACAUCUGUGUAGGUUCCUAUCAGACCUACGGUAAUAAUAUUGCUGCCUCGGCGGCAUUCAUGGCAUUUAAUUGGGAACAUACGGGUUCGAGUGUGGCCGUAUUGCCUUUGGAUGAUUGUGGGCGCAAAAGCAAGACAAUGCCUUUGCUGCAUGCCCAUUCAGAUACGGUAACCGAUCUUGGAUUUUCACCUUUCCAUGAUGGUCUGCUGGCGACUGCCUCCCAGGAUUGUAUGGUGAAGAUUUGGCAUAUACCCGAAAAGGGUCUGGAAACUUCAUUGACUGAUCCCGAAUGUGUGUUUUCGCAUAAACAAAGGCGCGUGGAGACUGUUGGAUUCCAUCCAACAGCUGAUGGUCUGCUGCAUUCCACAUCUGCUGGUUGUGUCACACUAUUUGAUUUGACAGCACAAAAGGAGAUUUACUCAAACAAUGAACAUCCAGAAGUCAUACAGUCAGCCAGUUGGCGACAUGAUGGCACCGUUAUUGCUACCAGCUGCAAAGAUAAGUUUGUUCGUAUUUUGGAUUGUCGCAUAAAUGGCUCUCCCAUACAAAUGUCUGCGGAAUCACAUCAAAGCAUAAAAGACUCACGUGUCGUCUGGCUGGGGAAUCAAUCACGCAUUCUAACCACCGGUUUCGAUGCGGCCCGUUUACGUCAGGUGAUAAUACGUGAUAUUCGCAAUUUCGCCGUGCCCGAGAAAACAUUGGAGCUGGACUGUUCCACUGGCAUUUUAAUGCCUCUCUUCGAUGCCGACACCAAUAUGCUAUUCUUGGCUGGAAAAGGAGACACCACAAUAAACUAUUUGGAGGUCACAGACAAAGAUCCCUAUCUCAUUGAAGGCCUAAGGCAUACAGGAGAGCAAACGAAAGGCGCUUGUCUAAUACCUAAGCGCGCUUUGAAGGUUAUGGAGGGGGAGGUAAAUCGUGUAUUGCAACUAACCUCGAACAUGGUUAUACCAAUUAUGUAUCAGGUGCCACGUAAGACUUACAGAGAUUUUCACAGCGAUUUAUAUCCAGACACUGCCAGCUGUCGCACUGAUCUAACGGCUGCGGAGUGGAUGAAUGGCUGCAACAUGCCAAUACCAAAAAUGAGUUUGGAUCCAGCUAAGCGUGAUUUGGGUGACAUUCCAGUGGUUAUUCAUCGUGGCAAUUUGAAGGAAUAUAUAAAAAAUAUUGAAAAUAAAAAGCUAUCUCUAGACGAUAAACAAUUGAAGCAGCAACAGCAGCAGCUCAAUGGCAGUCAUAAUGCCAAUACACAAAUUAUUGCCAAAUCUCUAAAAUCACCCAAACAGGAGGUGGUAGAGGUAGAUGAAUUGUCAACAAUAUUUAAAAAAUUUGAUGCCAAAUAUAAGACUGAUUCGGAGAAGGAAUCAACGGGAGAUAUGGAUGAGAAUGGCGGCCGGUAUGACGAUGACAAUAAUGAUGAAGAGGAUGGGGCUCGUGAACAUAGUCCUCAUAGUUCUUCUCAAGAUUCACCAAACACCGAGGACUCAUCUUCUUCUGUGCCAAAGCCAAUGCCACGAACAUCACGCAAUAAUUCAUUGCAAGAUACGUUAUCAGGUCAGCAGCAACCAUUGUCCGUGGAGGCCAAUAAAGUUUUGCCCAAGCCAAGGCCCCGUACUACAGCAACUGCAUAUAAGCCCCGUUUGGGACCCAAGCCAUUUUCUAGUAACACAGUUGAUGUAACAUUCGAUAAAGUGUUUGCUGUCCCAGUUGCUCCAGGAUCACAAGAGAAUCUCGCCAACCCAACCCCACAGGGUGCGGGUGUUGCAAAUGAACCAGAGUCGCCAUUGGCCUCAAAACCAGAUUUAAUUGUUGAAAUCGAAAUAAAAAAACCCUCGACUGAAUCCAACAAUGAAAACAAUGGUCUUCAAAAGUCCUUAUCUACGUCAGAGAGACGUAAAUCUUCUCUGGAUGAUGAAGAUUCCAGCGAUAAGGUUUUUGAACAAAAUCAUUCCGAAUCGUCGGAGAACUCAACGGAGGGCGAUGACAAGGCCGAAUCGGAAUUGCGAAGAUUUUCUCCAGCCCGCAAUAGUAUUGCGGAAAGAAGACGUUUGUAUGAAUUGCAUUCAAAGAGUACCACCGAGGAAAGAGCCCAAUCGCCUGUGCCAUUACGCCGCGAACUUUCUAAAGUCGAUUCCACAAAGAGCGGAUCUAUUGAUAUUAAGCGAACGUCGGUGCCAGAGGGCAAACUAUUGGAAGAGAAACGUAGAAACUUGCCCCCUAAGGAGGUUACUGACAAUGGUUCAUCGGCAGCUGCCAUUAAGAAAUCGGCAACUGAGGCUGCCAUAACGACAUCGACCAAGCGAACAUCUACCGUAUUUGGAAAAGUCUCCAAGUUUCGCCAUCUUAAGGGUACACCAGGCCAUAAAUCCACUCACAUUGAAAACUUACGCAACUUAAGUCGACAAAUACCUGGCGAGUGUAAUGGUUUUACCGCAAAUCACGAACGUGUUGCCGUACCUCUAUCUGGACCCGGUGGUAAAAUAGCUAUAUUCGAAUUAAGCAAACCAGGGCGUUUGCCCGAUGGCGUCAUACCUUCACUUGUGAAUGGUAACAAUAUCAUGGAUUUCCAGUGGGACCCUUUCGAUGCCAAACGUUUGGCUGUGGCCUGCGAUGAUGGCAUGGUUAAAUUUUGGCGUAUACCGGAGGGUGGCCUCUGCGAGCCUACCAAUACACCCGAACAGGAAUUAAAUUCACACUUGGACAAAAUCUAUUUUAUACGUUUUCAUCCACUGGCUGAAAAUAUUUUGCUCACAGCCAGUUAUGAUAUGACCAUUAAGUUAUGGCACAUUCCCACAAUGGAGGAGAAGUGCCUUUUGACGGGACACACAGAUCAAAUCUUUGACUAUGCCUGGAGUCCAUGUGGAAAGUACGGCGCAACGGUUAGCAAAGACGGCAAGAUACGUAUAUAUAAUCCAAGGAAAUCGGAGACACCAAUACGUGAAGGAAAUGGCCCCGUAGGUACGAGAGGUGCUCGUAUCGUUUGGGCUUUAGAUGGACAAUAUAUUGUGUGCACUGGAUUCGAUAAGGUUUCCGAACGUCAAAUAAGCGUCUACAAGGCGGAUAGUUUAAAUGCGCCACUCAAUACGGCUAGUUUGGAUGUAUCACCUUCCAUUCUAAUACCUUUUUAUGACGAGGAUAGCUCUACAUUGUUUGUGACUGGCAAAGGUGACUCGACAAUCUAUUGCUAUGAAAUAACAGACGAGGAGCCCUUUAUUUGUCCUUUAUCACAUCAUCGUUGCACAUCCUUGCAUCAAGGACUUAGUUUUUUGACAAAGAAUCAUUGCGAUGUGGCAAGUGUUGAGUUUUGUAAAGCCUAUCGUUUGACAAAUACCACAAUUGAGCCGCUUAGUUUCACUGUGCCACGUAUUAAGAGCGAAUUGUUUCAAGAUGAUCUCUUCCCACAUACUCGUGUCACAUGGGAACCCACAAUGACUGCUGAGGAAUGGUUCUUGUCCAAUGAUAAGAAACCAAAGAAAAUUAAUUUACAACCCGAGGGCAUGGAUACGUUGUCUUCUAUACAACCAGUGGUUAGUCAAGCUAAUCGUUCCAAUAACAAUAUAAGUACAUGCGCAAGCGAACAUUUCCCCAAUAAAUUUGAAACGGAUAAAAACAAACAAAAAGAGAUUCAAAAAUCGGUUAGUGCCCGCAUGGAAUAUAAUACAAAGUUGGAACAGGAUGACAUGGAAGGUGUUGAUGAGAAUGAAUGGCAGGAGUAAUUUCUCUCUAAGCACUCACUAUCCCGAACUCUUUAGAAACUAGAUUAAGGCAUUUGUUUAUAAAAUUGAUCUCCUCGAAGUCCCCCACCUACUUCCCUAAUGUCAACAAACAAAAACUCAUCCCAAAGCCCCACAAUCAUUUUGUGUGUGUAAUAAGUGUACUAUUUUCUAUUUUCUGUACUAAGACAUUUUUAUUAUGUUUAUUUUUGUUUUUUAUUUCUUUGUCUCUAUAAUAAUGCCAUGACAUUUUUUAGGUUUUUUUACAUUUAAAAGAAAAUUUAAGAAGAACUGUAUUUUUACAACACCACGUAAGCGUUGCAGCGUUAAAUGUUUAAUACACAUACAUAUUUAGGUUUAAUUGGAAUUUUUCUGAUACAAAUGAAAAAAGGAAACAUUUCACCCUUUUUGUCUAGUCUAUAGUAUUUUAUGUUACAUAUAUAUUUACAUAUUUUUUAUCUGCUUUGUUAUAACUAAUUAUCUCUUUGACUCUUUUCGUUCAUUUCGUUUCCGCUUUGUAAUACAUACAUAUAUAUUCACAAUGUAUUUUCUAAACAAACAAAAGACAAUUUUCUCUGCUAUUAAAUAUUUGAACAUGUAUACAGAAAUCAAAUCCAUUCAUUCCUUAUAUAUUCGAUGACUAUAUUCUAAAAGGUGUGCAAUCAUGACAACAAAAACCCAUUCAUGUGACUUUUAAUUUUACAAUUGCUGCCCGAAAGAAAAAGUCCCCUACAAAUAGACUGAUUCAAAAAACAAGAAAACAAAAUAAACGAAUUACCAAUUUUUUUAUGGAUACAAAGACCAACUAGAACAAACGA